AUGAAGCUAGAGAACCAAAGCUCGUUAUCUUCUUGCAACAUCCAUCCAAUAGAGUUUACUGAAGGUGUCUGCCCUCUCUGUCUCAACGAGAGGCUUCUUGUGUUGGCUUCUCUACAGAGAUUACGUCCUUCAUCUCCUUCUUGUUCUUACCACACCAUCAAAGAACCGAAAAACAUUCUUCGAAAUUCUUCUAAAAAGAAAAACAUCAGACUCUUCUCCUUCUUUGGCUUCUUCGAACUGCCACACCACAAGUCUAAUCACCAAACCACUUCCAUCAUCAGUCCAGAAGAUUCAUUCAUUUCUAUCAAAUUCGGAGAAAACGGAGCAACUUCAUGGGAAAAGGGAAAAGCAAGGUCUGAAAUUGAACACUGCAAAGCUUCAUGGGAUCAUCAUGUAAUGGUCCAUACGAAGAAGAAGGAAAUUAUGGCUCAUCCCACGCCACGGCCUCUACUGAUGUGGAGGAAACGGAUUAGCCGACUUAUACACGUCAUCAGUUUCAGAAGCCGGUCUAGCGCAUGCAACGUAUCCGCCAAGGUCAGAGGUGAUGUGACUUGA